CAAAACAUAAAGGGACCCUCUGUCGCAAACAUUAUCCCAAUCCGAAGCACCAGAGAGACGGAACAGAGUGAAACAAGAGUAAGCAAUUAACUGAACAAGUCAAGCUUCUCCAUGAGGUGCCUCCAGCUCCAAUCUUCACUGCUUCUUCCCUUUCACGCAAAACUCAAACACCAGUUAUAUAAUGUAAGCCACACCUCCAAACUAUUUUGCCUUUCUACCCACCAACCUCCAUGUUUUCUGCACUUAUCUUCAUCAACUCCAUUAAGUACCAAGGCGCUCCCACAUUUAAUGGUGGUUGCCCCAGCAGAAUCCGGUGACCUAUCAUCCUUGCUCCCGAUAAGUGGCGUGCUUCUAUCAAUGUACUUCGUCGCGAAUUUUGUCGUCCCGGGUUUCCUUGCCAACUCUUUCUCAAAGGAUGAAUCAAACGAAAAUCAGAAGGUUGAUGAGGAAGAUGAAGAUGAAGAAGAAGAAGAAGAAGAAGAUGAGGAAGAAGAUGAAUAAACAGGGGUAUAGUGGUUAGUGGGCAAGGGGAGGUCAAGGAGGAAGUAACAGGAUUACUUUAAAAGUGAGAACUAACCUCAGAAUGCUUUGAACCACUAGUGCAUGAUUGUAUCAUAUCAAUGGACUACUGCAUGAUUGUAUCAUAGUGUAUUUUGGUGUAGUUUUUGUUCACAUAUGGAUGAUAAAAACAUCUCAAAAGUCAUUUGUUCUCCAUUAACAAACAUGGUAUUAUUAUUAAUUAGCUAUUCUAGAAUUGGCUGAGAUUUAAUAAUAUAAGUUCCUAAUGCUAAAGAAGUUUACCCUCAAUGAUUAUGUUUCUUUUAGUACCGA